UGCCGCGGUAUUCUCAGAGUGCGGCGGCGAACUGGGUGAAGCAGUCGGGGGACGAAAGGCGGGGUGGGCGGAAGGGGGAGGAAAUCCCAUCACUGGGGCGCCAGCCUGGACGUUCCCGCCUCCUCCGACACUGUCGGGUCCGAUCGGAGAAGGAUCACCGCCUCCUCCAGCGAGAAGGGGGGCGGAGUCCGGCUCAGGAUCAUGGAUUUUCCUGGCCACUUUGAACAGAUCUUCCAGCAGCUGAACUACCAGAGACUUCACGGCCAGCUCUGUGAUUGUGUCAUUGUAGUGGGGAACAGACAUUUCAAAGCCCACCGCUCGGUACUAGCAGCAUGCAGUACACAUUUCCGAGCCCUGUUCUCUGUGGCAGAGGGAGAUCAGACCAUGAACAUGAUCCAGCUGGAUAGCGAGGUAGUGACAGCGGAGGCCUUUGCCGCACUGAUAGACAUGAUGUAUACCUCCACGCUCAUGCUGGGGGAGAGCAAUGUUAUGGAUGUCUUAUUGGCAGCCUCUCACCUGCACUUGAACUCUGUUGUUAAGGCAUGUAAACAUUAUCUAACGACAAGGACGCUGCCCAUGUCUCCCCCCAGUGAGCGCGUUCAGGAGCAGAGUGCCCGCAUGCAGCGCUCCUUCAUGCUGCAGCAGCUGGGACUGAGCAUUGUGAGCUCAGCCCUCAAUUCCAGCCAGAGUGGCGAGGAGCAGCCGGCCCCCAUGAGCUCCUCGAUGCGCAGUAACCUGGACCAGCGGACACCCUUCCCCAUGAGACGCCUGCAUAAGCGCAAGCAGUCUGCAGAGGAGCGGGCCAGACAGCGGCUCCGACCCGCCCUGGAUGAGUCUGCCAUCUCCGACGUUACGCCAGAGAAUGGGCCGGGGGUUCAUUCUCGGGAGGAGUUCUUUUCACCGGAUUCUCUGAAGAUCGUGGAUAACCCUAAAGCUGAUGGGCUGACCAACACCCAGGACGACAGCGCCAUCAUGUUUGACCGGCCCUUUGGUGCUCAAGAAGAUGCCCAGGUGCCCAGCCAGUCUGACAACAGCGCCGGCAACGUGACCCAGCUCUCCAUGGCCUCCCGCGCCACUCAGGUCGAGGCUAGUUUUGAGCAGGAAGCCACAACUGAGAAAGGUGGUUUUCAGUGCGAAAACCCUGAGGCUGGCCUUGGUGAGAAGGAACACAUGAGAGUGGUGGUUAAAUCUGAGCCCCUGAGCUCUCCUGAGCCUCAGGAUGAAGUGAGCGAUGUGACCUCCCAAGCGGAAGGCAGCGAAUCGGUGGAGGUGGAGGGAGUGGUGGUCAGUGCCGAGAAGAUAGACCUCAGCCCCGAGAGCAGCGACCGGAGUUUUUCAGAUCCCCAGUCUAGCACUGACCGGGUAGGAGACAUCCAUAUUUUGGAAGUCACAAAUAACCUAGAACAUAAAUCCACUUUUAGCAUUUCAAAUUUUCUUAACAAGAGCAGAGGAAGUAACUUUAGUGCAAAUCAGAACAAUGACGAUAAUAUCCCGAACACCACUAGUGACUGCAGGCUGGAAGGGGAGGCCCCUUAUUUGUUGAGUCCAGAGGCUGGGCCUGCAGGCGGGCCCUCCUCAGCCCCUGGCUCUCACGUGGAGAACCCGUUCAGCGAGCCCACAGAUGCCCACUUCGUCAGGCCUAUGCAGGAAGUGAUGGGCCUGCCAUGUGUGCAGACCUCAGGCUACCAAGGAGGAGAACAGUUUGGGAUGGAUUUUUCCAGGUCUGGUUUGGGGUUGCAUUCCUCCUUCUCCAGGGUAAUGAUGGGCUCCCCUAGAGGUGGAGCCAGUAACUUUCCAUACUACCGCCGCAUAGCUCCCAAAAUGCCAGUGGUAACGUCCGUCAGGAGCUCACAGAUCCCAGAGAACUCUGCCAGUUCCCAGCUAAUGAUGAACGCAGCCACAUCCUCAUUUGAAAAUGGCCACCCUUCGCAGCCCGGCCCCCCGCAGUUGACGAGGGCAUCUGCUGACGUCCUGUCAAAGUGCAAGAAGGCCUUAUCGGAGCACAACGUCUUAGUUGUAGAGGGGGCUCGCAAGUAUGCCUGCAAAAUCUGCUGCAAGACUUUCCUGACCUUGACAGAUUGCAAGAAGCACAUCCGUGUUCACACAGGUGAAAAACCCUACGCCUGCCUGAAGUGCGGCAAGAGGUUCAGUCAGUCCAGCCACCUGUACAAACACUCGAAGACCACCUGCCUGCGGUGGCAGAGCAGCAACCUUCCCAGCACUUUGCUCUAACCCGACCACUUGAGGUAAUGCUGAGGCCAGUAUCAGGACCUAAACUCUCUUUUGGUUGGUGGUUAAUGCCGUUGGGUUUGAGGCUUCAGGCUGCGAAUGGUUCAUGCAAAUUUUGAUGACUAAUAAGUGGAGAAUUAAUAGGUGUAGUGCUUGUGCUGCUACAUUUCUCAGUGAAAUGUACGCUUUCAGAGAAGGGAUCCAAUCCCCGAAACCAAGGCAGACCCUUAGGGUUGAGUAAUGCAGUCAGAAAGUAGUUUGGAAUCGAUGUCAUUAAAAGUGGCACAUUUGACAAUUAAAAAUUCAAGUGCAAAAAAGUUUUUUUAGCAAUUUUUGUAAAACUCUGAAGCAUUUAAUUAAAUUUCCUAUAUACCUUCUGAUGAGAUUAUAUACCUGUACAGUGAUGCAAGAUGCACUUAUGUGUAACCAGUGGCAACUUUGUGCCUGUCUAAAAGGAAGGCCCUUGAGGACAUGCCUGUCUGCCAAAAAUGCUUUAAAGUUUAUCAUGAGCUAGUCCUAGGCUUCAGAAAGUACUGUAUUUUUUAUUUUUGUCUGAUUUGCAGUCACAGACACUGCACUUCGAUGGUGCUGACACUGGGUCCAGAGCAAGCAUUCUCUGGACUAUUAGGUGUAUAUAUACUUUUGAAAACAUCACUGUCUGUUAAAUAGAUGUUUUAACAAUUUUUCCUGGUUUUAAAAACAAAGUUGUAAAAGGAGUAUGUACUUAUGGGGAGCAACAAGUAAGGUAUUGUUUCUGUAUGUGCUGUUUUAGCAGUAUUUUAACCAACCUGUGUUACAUAUGUUACAGUUCCAUGUUUGGAAGUCAGAAAAGAGCUAGUGUUUGUCUUUGUUCUGAUGGUGUGGAGUCUUGUUUAGUGAGAUCUUUUAUGGCACAUUUACCCUUUGUUCCGUGCAGAUUUCGGGGGCUGGUCCAGCCUGACACAUCUCACCCAAUGACAAACCCGUUGUCUGCUUCACUUCUUCACACUCAUGCCACAUAUGGCAUCCUUCCCUGGCCUAGGUUACUGUUUUCAGGUAAAAACUAACCAAAAGUGAAAUCAACCCCCCUCCAUCAUGGGGUUUUAUUACUGGUCUAUACUGUCGUUUUAAAGUACAGACCCUGAACUUUUGUUGUUGCCCCAACCCAAUACUGAAUGUUUGAAAUCCAAAUGCAGCAGUAUUCAUGGGUAAAUAUAAGCGGGUUGGGCAGCCCAGAGCAUAGCAGUCACCAAGCAGCAUCUGAGACAGUUUGAGGAGACAUGUGGGUGACUGCCCUGGGCCUCCCUGGACCCCACUGCUUAGGCUAAGCCCUGGCUCAUGAGCUUCCAGGGGAACAGCACAGGUUAAUGUGUCUCUAUAGAGCUCAUGAAGUCAGUUUAAUUCAUGCAUGAACAUGAGUUCAUUUUUUAUACAGCUUUUUUAGACACAAGCCACUGUGCAUAAUUGAGUGAAAUCCUUCAGUUCCUACCUUUGUUUAGAAAAAAAGGUAAUCAGCGAGUGUUUUCUCCUCUUAAUCUAGUGUAUGCAGUUACACAUCUGUCUGUGGAUAAACUUACAAUGUUCAUCGCUUAGCAUCUCCUAUGAACUGAUUCCCAGGGAGGAAAACCAAAAGGGAAACCUCUGAUUCCUCUCCUUUCAGCAGAUGUGGGGGAGAUGGUGGAGGCUAUGGGCUCACCUGUGAAGUUCAGCUGUGUGUGGCGAAUUGUUAGCAGUCAUGUUCUGACUUGAUGGGAGGAGGCUCCACAUCCACCCCUCUGUGGGGACCAGUGACUCAUGAGAUUAACCCUGGGAGGCAGGGGGGUCAGCGUGGAGAACGAGAGAGGCCCUGCCUGGCUUGGGAAGAGGAAUCGGUGGCACCAGGAGAGCAGUGGCAGCCUUCCUCCCCCUUCCACCUUGAGGAGGAGGUGCCAGGAAGCCGCCCCCUCACCUGAGCUCCAGCUUAAGUGGACUUGCUUCGGGGCCUAUCUCUGACACAGCGGCUGGAGCCCUGCCUCUCCACUGCUAAGUGGAAUCUGGAAUCUCUCAUCUACCUCUUAGUCAAUCAGUUCCUACGUGUGAGAAGCAAGCCUGUGGGCCAGUGUCCUCGUACAUGCUGUAGCACUUACAAAAUAAUUCAGAGGUUCCCUGGAAAACCAGUCCCAGGGUUUCUACAAAUUGGUAGUUUCUACCUGAAUUUUAACUGGUAUUGGGUACCUGGAUUUGAUUGGUUGGCCUUAAUUAUAGCUUGGCAUAAUCAUUUCUGGUGACCAAAUCAUAAAGUUCUAUCAGGGCACCUGUGUCAGUGGUGCUAUGCUGGUCAAAAUUUGAGACUUUGAAAUAAAAAAUUUGUCAUAUUCAUGCCUCUAACUAAUUAUGUGUUCUUUUUCUUCGCCUUAGGUUAUUAAGGUUGAAAUAAAAAAGUGAAGUAGUAUUGCUUUCUCUGCUAACCCUGCUGUGACCAGUACUUUUCUUUAAAACCAAGCUUCCUAGAAAAUACUCUCAUGCUGUCAGUUAAUAACAAUUAUUGGUCAUUAGUCCCUCGUGCUUUCCCUGAGCUUUGUCUCUGAGCUGUGGACAAGGGUGAUGUGUUGUUCUCACCGCAGUUUUACCCCUAGUGGGCCUGCU